AUGUCGCCUCUUUCAAGCGUCUGGCUCCUGCUCCAUAUCGUCUUUUUUUGCUUCCUCUUCCCUCCAUUUCUCUGUCCUAUUCAAGCUCAGUUCCUACAGGCACCCAGGGCUUCACCCAGCCUCUUCCUCUUCACCCAAUUAUCUUAUAAUGCUUCCAUUUCGGAGAACUCUGCAGCAAGGACCUACGCCAAGAGCGAAGUCAAAAUGGGCAUUAUUCUCAGACCACCCCGAUCCCUGGACAUUAGGUACUCCAUCGAGUCCGGGGAUAGCGAGGGUAUAUUCCAGGCGGAGGUGUUUGUGAUGGGUGACUUUGGAUUCCUCCGUCUACGCACUAAUGGAGGUAGUGUUCCCAGCUUGAACCGAGAGGUGCAGGAUAACUACACCCUUACAAUAAAAGCGUCCUCUCCAGGGUCUCUUGAGGCCUAUGCAAGUGUUUUCAUCAAGGUCCUUGAUACCAACGACCUGCGGCCGCUGUUCUCCCCCACCAGCUACUCCAUCGUGGUCCCUGAGAGCUCCCCUCUGGGGGCCAGCAUAGGACGGGUCACAGCGACCGACGCGGACGUGGGCUCUAACGGAGACUUCUACUACUUCUUCAAUAACAGAGUAGACUCUUUCACUGUCCACCCCACCAGCGGCGUCCUCACCUUGACCGGCCAACUGCAACAGGAAGUCCAAGGGCAGUUUGACUUGGAAGUGCAGGUGGUCGACCGAGGGUUGAAGCUCUACGGAAAUAACGGCGUCAGCAGCACGGCCAAGCUGGUUCUGACAGUAGACCGAGUCAACGAGUUUGCCCCUGUGCUCGCCGCCACUGUGGUCACCCCAUCGUGGUCGCAGAAGGACCAGGUUUACGUGGUGUUGACGGUGGAGGACAGAGACGAGGGGGCUGCUGGCGAUGUAGAGUGGGUGACCAUCAUCGACGGGGACCCAUUGGAACAGUUUGUUGUCGACAGAUCUCCGGUCAAAAACGAAUACAGAGUUAAAACCUCUGAACUGCUGGACUGGGAUCUGUUCCCCGAUGGCUUCAACCUGACCUUCCAGGCCAAAGACCGGGGCACCCCAGCAAAGUUCUCAAACACACAGUUGGUUCAACUGUUGGUGAAAAAGCCAGAGCCAACCGUGGUGGAAUUUGAAAAAAGUGUUUACAAAGUAAAGCUGAGUGAGUUAGCCCCUCCUGGCACUUUUGUAGGCAAGGUGCGAAUAUCUCCUCCUCCCCUGAUUGUCAAUUACAGCUUCACUGCCGCCUCAGAACCAAUUUUCCUUGAUUUAAACCCUUUGACUGGAAUUAUCGUGACCACACAGCCGUUCUCAAUAAUAACCCCCGAGACUAUGGAGCUGGAGAUUAUUGAUAUUAUUAGUCAGCUUCAAACCAAGCUGCAAAUCACCAUAGAGGAUGCUAAUAAUAACCCCCCAGUGUUCACCCAGGCCUCCUAUGAUGUGGACAUCAACGAGAGUUUACCAUUGGACACGGUCAUCCUGGUGGUUUCUGCCACCGACGCUGACAAAGCAGAGAACGGAUAUGUAAGCCACACAAUCUCCGGCCUGCAGUCCGUACCUUUCGCCAUCGAUCAGAACACGGGAGAAGUCCGGGUUAUCAGAGAUCUGGAUUUUGAGACAUCUGCGGAUACUUAUACGUUUGCAGUGCGAGCCUCUGACUGGGGUUCUCCAUACAGAAGGGAGAGUGAGGUCAAUGUCACAAUUCGCCUGGUUAACAUAAAUGACAACAGGCCUCUUUUUGAGAAGGUGUCCUGCAGAGGGAUGAUAGCUCGGGAUUUCCCUGUCAACAAAAACAUCCUCACUCUUUCCGCCAUAGACAUAGAUGAACUCGGGUUUGUACGGUACCGUAUAUUGUACGGUAAUGAACUUGACUACUUCACGUUAAACCCAGACACCGGAGCCCUGUCGUUGCGGCGAUCUCUAGCCGCGGCCAAUCUAAAAAGUGGAAUAUUUAAUCUGAAAGUGGCUGCCACCGAUGGGGAGUUUUUCUCAGAUUCUACGUUUGUGAACCUCACUGUUGUCAGAGGGAGGACGGCACCGAGGGGGUUCAACUGCAAGGACACGCAGAUGGCCCAGCUGUUGGCAGAGAAAAUGCUCAGCAAGGCAGCUGCUAUGGCGACCCCGAAAGUGGCAGAGACCUAUGCAUAUGCUUUCUCUCAGAACACACAAGCUCCACAGUUUGAGUCUUUUCCCAGCAGUAUUUUGGUCCGGGAAGACCUCGUCCCUGGCACCAGUGUGUUCCAAGUGAGGACACGAGAUAGUGACGCGGGCUUCAACGGCCGAGUUCUCCACGCCAUAUCUCAAGGGAAUCUAGAAAGCUGCUUCAAUAUCGACAUGGACGAUGGCUUGAUAACCGUGUUAGAGCCACUGGACCGCGAGAGGACGGAUCGGUACUUUCUUAAUAUCACCGUCUACGACCAGGGCUUUCCACAGAUGACCAGUUGGCGGUUGUUGACCGUGAUCAUCGACGACGCCAAUGACAAUGAUCCCCAGUUCACUCAGGACGGCUACUCCGCCCUGGUCGCCGAGAACUCUGCCAUCGGUCUGGAAGUUAUCACUGUUGGCGCCUUGGAUAAAGACAUGGGUCAAAACGGCCAGUUGUCCUACACACUGCUGACCAGCGUCCCUCAGUUUGACAUCAACAGAGAGACUGGAGGUGUGUUUGUGGCGAGCCAGCUGGACCGGGAGGCCUUUCCAACUUUCAGCCUGAAGGUGGAGGCCAGAGACAAGGCAGAGAGAGGCACCCAAAGGUCAGCAGUGACCACACUUAGUAUUAUCAUCGGCGACGUGAAUGAUUGUGCCCCAGCCUUCAUCCCUGCCAGCUACAGCACCAGGGCACUGGAAGACCUUCCAGUGGGGACUGUGAUCACCUGGGUCCAGGCUCAGGACCCAGACCUAGGUCUUGGAGGCCAGAUCCAAUACUCCUUGAUGAAUGACUUCAACGGCACCUUUGAGGUAGAUGCUUGGAGCGGGGUGUUGAGGAUUGGGAAGGAGCUUGACUAUGAGAAGCAGCAGUUCUACAAUUUGACUGUAUUGGCUGCAGACAGAGGGACUCCCAGCCUCAGCACUCAGUCAUUUGUUGAGGUCGAGGUGGUCGACGUCAAUGAGAAUCUGUAUGCACCCUACUUCUCUGACUUCGCUGUGAGGGGCUCGGUGAAGGAGAACUCUCGUGCGGGCACAAGCGUUCUGGCGGUCAGCGCUCAGGACGAUGACCAAGGCCGGGACGGGGUGCUGAGGUACUCUAUCAGCGGCGGCAGCGGACUGGGCACCUUCUCCAUCGACGAAGAAACAGGAGUGAUUUACAGUGCCGGUAUUCUGGACUGUGAAACUAAAGACUCUUAUUGGCUGACUGUCUGCGCCUCUGACAGAGGCGUCACAGCCCUGUCCACCUCUAUUGAAGUCUUCAUUCAGGUGGAGGAUGUGAACGACAAUGCCCCCCUGACCUCCGAUCCUAUCUACCACCCGGUUGUCAUGGAGAACUCUCCCAAGGACGUGUCGGUGAUCCGUAUCCAGGCGCAAGACCCCGAUCUGACUGCCACGCCCAGUCGCCUCGGUUACCGCAUCACUGCCGGCAACCCACAGAACUUCUUCUCCAUCAACCCCAAGACAGGUCUGAUCACAACCACCUCGAGGAAGCUGGACCGAGAGCAGCAAGCGGAGCACUUUCUAGAGGUGACGGUGAUCGACGGCCCGGUGACGACCAGGCAGUCCACGGUGUGGGUCAGAGUUCACGUCCUGGACCAGAACGACAACCCGCCCUUCUUCCCCGAGGCAGCCUAUCGCAUCAGCCUCCCGGAGCGCGACCGCAACAAGCGCGGCGACCCCGUGUACCGCGUGUUCGCGUACGACCCCGACCUGGGCGCCAACGGCAACAUCACCUACAGCAUCGCCGACGGCAACGCCGACGAGAAGUUCACCAUCGACCCCCGGACCGCACUGGUGUCGUCCAGGAAGAUGGUGACGGCGGGGGCGGCGGACGUCCUCACGAUUAAGGCAGAGGACAGUGGUGAACCCCCACUCUCGUCCACCACCCGACUGCAGAUAGAUUGGAUCCGCAAGCCCGUGCCCUCGCGCCUGCCCCUGCUGUUCGCUCAGAGGCACUACAACUUCUCCGUCCCGGAGACGGCGGGCGUGGCCCAGCCCGUGGGGGUCGUCUCCGUCCGGCAGUCCAGCACGCCGCUCUGGUUCGAUAUCAUCGGCGGACGUAUAGCCCGAGAGAUGUUCUACAUCCCCCAGAAUGCCUGUGGACGGAACUGCUCCCUGGAAACAGGGAGCUUCGAUAUGCAGCUUGACCUUCAGAUGGGCGUGGGGACCGUGGUGGUGGCCCGGCCCCUGGACGCCGAGCUCCAGUCCGUCUACAACAUGACCUUACAGGUGACGGAUGGGACCAGCGUGGCCACAGCCCAGGUGUUUAUCCGUGUCCUGGACACCAACGACAACAGCCCCGUGUUCUCCCAGCCGGCGUACGACGUCAGCGUGUCCGAGGACACGGCGGUGGACGUGGAGCUGGUGCGCGUCCGGGCGCUGGACGCCGACGACCGCGCCCGCCUCAGCUUCUCCAUCUACAGCAGCGUGGACCCGGCCAGCAUGCGCAUGUUCCGGGUCAACCCGGGCACCGGGGCCGUGUACACGGCCGACCGGCUGGACUACGAGGCCCGGACCCAGCACAUCCUCACCGUGAUGGUCAAGGAUCAGGAGUUCCCCUUCAACCGGGACCUGGCCCGCGUCCUGGUGGCCGUGGAGGACUCCAACGACAACACGCCCUACUUCACCAGCGCCCUGUACGACGCGGUGGCCUUGGAGUCCUCCCCGGCGGGCACCUCCGUGAUGCAGGUGACCGCCCUGGACAAGGACAACGGCUUCAACGGUCUGCUCACCUACAGCAUAGAAGCAGGGAACUCAGCCGGUUUGUUUGGGAUCGUUAAUUCCACCGGUGUUAUCUCCACUGCGAGGAGCCUGGACUUCACCUCGGUGGGCUCCUACAUUCUGAGCGUGCGGGUCGUGGAUGGCGGGUCCCCCCAGCUAAUGGCGAGCGCCACGGCCCGCAUCUCCCUGACCCUCUCGGACGUCUCCAGGCCAACCUUCACCCAGAGAGAGUACCAGGCCGAGGUGAUGGAGAACCGUACCGUGGGCGCCCUGGUGACCGUCAUCGCCGCCGUGGGUCGCUCGGCGCUGGUGUACGACAUCACCGACGGCGACGAGGAGCGCUGCUUCCUGAUGAACCCCUACACCGGCGCCGUCACCCUGCGCAAACCCCUGGACUACGAGCGCGCGACGUCCUACUCCCUGGUGGUGCGGGCGUUGAGCGUGGCGGGGGUGGAGGCCAGCACCACCCUGACGGUGCAGGUGGGGGACGUCAACGACAGCCCGCCCCUCCUGCAGCGGGUCAGAUACGUGGGUGUGAUCAGCGAGGCUGCCCCUGUCAACAGCGUGGUCCUUGGGGAGGACGGCUUCCCUCUGGUGAUCCAGGCCUCUGACGAGGACCGCAACCACAACGCCCUGCUGGUCUUCCGCAUCAUCGAGGAGACGGCCCGAAUGUUCUUCAGCGUGGACUCGGGCACCGGAUCGAUCCGAACAAUUUCCACCCUGGAUUACGAGACCUUCCCGGAGUUUGUUUUCCGUGUUCAUGUGAGAGAUAGCGGCCAGCCUCCCAGAUCUGCCGAGAGCCCCGCAGAGGUGCUGCUGAAGGUGGUCAACAUCAACGACUCCCCGCCGCGGUUCUCCCAGGACUCGUACGAGGCGGUGCUGCUACUGCCCACCUACAAGGGGGUGGAGGUCCUCAGGGUGGAGGCGUCCGACCCCGACCUGACCCUUGACCCCGGCCGGGGGUCGCCCGAGACGGCCCUCAACUCCACCCGGCUCCUCUUCUCCCUCGCCGACGGGGGUCUGGAGAAUUUCGCGUUGGACACCGCCACUGGCGUGGUGACGGUCACCAACGGCAACCUCCAAAACGACCGCUACGUCUUCACCGUCAAGGUGUGGGACGGACGCUUCUCGGCGACGGCGGCGGUGACGCUGGUGGUCCGGGAGGUGGCCAUCGACGGCGGGCUGCGCUUCACGCUCCCCGCGUACGCCGCCAGCGUGGCGGAGAACUCCACCGACGUCACCGUGGUGACGGUGGUCAGCGCGGCGGGCCACGCCCUCGGCGAGCCGCUCCGCUACGCCCUCCUGAACCCCGGCGGGAGGUUCUCCGUCAGGCCCACCUGCGGAGCGGUGAUGACCACCGGCGUGGCGCUGGACCGCGAGGAGCGGGACCGCUACGAGCUGGUGCUGGAGGUCCGCCGCGAGAGGGACGUGUUCCGGGUGGCCCGCGUCACGGUGCAAGUGCAGGUGGAGGACGUGAACGACAACGCCCCAGAGUUCGUGAACCUGCCGUACUACGCGGCGGUCCAGGUGGAGGCGGAGCCGGGCCGGGUCAUCUACAGGGUCUCGGCCUCGGACCGGGACCUGGGCCCGAACGGGGAGGUGACCUACAGCCUCCUGGAGCAGCACAGGAACUUCCAGGUGAACGCCGUGACGGGGGAGCUGAGCCUGAAGAGGAGCUUCGAGGCCGACGUCUCCAACGCCGAGUACCGUGUGGUCGUGGUGGCGACGGACGGCGGCGUCCCGCCCCUCUCGGGCCGGGUGGAGCUGCCCGUCACCGUGGUGAACAAGGCCAUGCCCGUGUUCGACCGGCCCUUCUACGGCAUCAGCGUGCGCGAGGACGCCCCGCCCUCCUCCUCCGUGCUGGCCGUGGACGCCACCGGCCCCGAGGGCCGCCGGGUCAUCUACACCCUGGAGGACGGCGACCCGGGCUCCCAGUUCGACGUGGGCUUCGACAGCGGCGUGCUCCGCGUGGUCUACCCCCUGGACUAUGAGGGCGCCCGCUACUACAGGCUGACGGUGAAGGCCACCGACCCCCAGACCGGCGCCCGCUCCGAGGUGGACGUGGACGUGGCCGUGCUGGACGUCAACGACAACCCACCGCUGUUCGGCAACGCGUCGUACUCGGCCACUCUGCCGGAGAACGCCAUGACCGGGACCACCGUGUUGAAGGUGUCGGCACAGGACCAGGACUCUGAGCAGAACGCGGCGGUGAGCUACCAGAUCGUGGCCGACCUCUACAACAGCACCGACUACUUCAGCGUGGACAACGCCACGGGCGCGGUGGUCACAGCGCGCAUGCUGGACUUCGAGCUGGUCCAGCGCUACGACUUCAUCGUGCGGGCGACGGACGGCGGGGACCCCGCGCUGGGCAGCGACGUCAGCGUCACCGUGACCGUGACCGACACCAACGACAACCCGCCGGACUUCAGCCAGCCGCUCUACGAGGCGUACGUCAGCGAGCUGGCUCCCCGGGGACACUUUGUGACCUGCGUGCAGGCGUCCGACGCCGACGUCUGCGACGCCGACAAAUUAAGGUACAGCAUCGUCUCCGGCAACGAGAGGAUGACCUUCACCAUGGACGCCCGUAGCGGGGUGCUCAGUCUGUCGAGCAAGCGGAGGCAGGGCCUGAAGCCCUCCUACCAGCUCAAUGUGUCCGUGUCCGACGGCGUGUUCACCAGCACCGCUCAGGUGACCGUGCGCGUGCUGGGGGCCAACCUGUACAGCCCAGUGUUCAGCCAGAGGUUCUACUUGGCUGAGGUCCAAGAAAAUGCUCCUCCGGGGUCAAAGGUCAUUCAGGUCCGUGCCACAGACGAGGACUCUGGGCUGUUUGGCCAGAUCACCUACUCCUUCAUCAACGACCUGGGGAAGUCCCAGUUCACCAUCCACGCCGACGGACUCAUAGCCACCGCGCAGACGCUGGACCGAGAGAACCCGAUCAACAAGGACAUGGUGCUCACCGUCAUGGCCCUGGACGGAGGAGGCCGCGCGUCCUUCUGCACGGUGCGCGUGGUCCUGGGGGACGAGAACGACAACGCUCCCCGCUUCCGGGCGGUGGAGUACCGCAUGAGCAUCAAGGCCAACGUGGGCAAGGGCUCGCUGGUCACCCAGAUCCAGGCCACGGACGCCGAUGCCGGGCUCAACGCCAGGGUGACCUACUCCCUGUACAGCGAGGCGCGCCACUCCCUGGUGGACGUGCUGGAGGUGGAGCCGGACAGCGGCUGGAUGAUGACCAAGAGCACCGUGGCCCACCUCCAGGGCGCCGUGCUGUCCUUCUUCGUCAAGGCCUCGGACGGCGGCUCUCCCUCCAAGCACUCCCUGGUGUCGGCCUUCAUCCACGUGCUCCCGCCCGACGCCCUGGUGCCCUCCUUCAGCCAGCCGCAGUACUCCUUCACCCUGCCCGAGGACACGGCGGUGGGGGCGGCGCUGGGCUCCGUGUACCUGGGCCCCGGCCUGGCGGGGAGCUUCGGCCUGGUGGCCGGGGAGACCCCCGACAGCAACCGGGAGGGGACGUUCGCCGUGGACGCGGACACGGGGCUGAUCCAGCUGCUGCUGCCGCUGGACUACGAGAGGGUCAGCGUGUAUCGAUUCAAGGUGUCGGGAACCACGAGGAGGGACCUGACCGAGUCGGUGGCCACGGUGGACCUGGAGGUCAAGGUCCUGGACGUCAACGACAACCAGCCCGUGUUUGAGUCCAGCACUUACGUUGCCACGGUGUUGGAGGGGAUGCCAGUAGGGACCAGACUGAUCCAGGUGCGAGCGCUUGACCCCGACUGGGGCUCCAACGGACAGGUGACCUACAGCCUGGGCCCUCUCCUGACCCGGAACCCGGAGUCUAAGAAAGACCCCCGCUCCCAGAGCCCCCCCGGCGCCGCCACCCCCUCGCCGACGGUGGCCGCUCCCCCCCUGCCCUUCGCCAUCGACAGCAAGACGGGCUGGAUCACCACGGCCGCGCCCAUGGACCACGAGGGCUGCUCCGCCUACAGCUUCCGGGCGGUGGCCUCGGACCUGGGCGAGCUGGGGUCGCUGUCCACCGCCACGGCCGUCACCGUGGCGGUGGCGGACGCCAACGACAACCCGCCGCGCUUCGAGCGCGAGUACUACCGCGGCGCCGUGCGGGAGAGCGACCCGCUGGGAGAGGUGGUGGCCGUCCUGAGCACGGCCGACCGGGACGGCAGCGAGGAGAACCGCCUCGUCAGCUAUUACAUCACGGGGGGUAACCCGCGGGGUGUGUUUGGCCUGGCCCUGGUGCAGGGGGAAUGGAAGGUGUACGUCAGCGGGCUGCUGGACCGCGAGCAGCAGGACUGGUACCUGCUCAACAUCACGGCCAGCGACGGCCUCUUCGUGGCCCGCAGCGCCGUGGAGGUGACCGUCAUGGACGCCAACGACAACAGCCCCAUCUGCAACCAGGCCGUGUAUAGUGCUGCCUUUCCCGAGGACAUCCCCACUAACAAGGGCAUCCUGACAGUUGGAGCAUCAGAUGCUGACUCAGGCUCCAGCGCUGAGCUCCAGUACUCGCUGUUUGGCAUCGGCGUCGAAGACUUCUACAUGGACGCCAACACCGGGGAGCUGCGCUCGGCCGCCCUCAUGGACCGCGAGCGGACGGCGGUCUACCGGCUCAUCGCCCAGGCCACCGACGGCGGGGGGCUCUUCUGCCGCUCGGAGGUCUCCCUGCGCCUGCUGGACGUCAACGACAACGCGCCCUCCUUCUCCUCAGGCGUGUUCGUGGCCAGCGUGGCGGAGAACGCCGCGCCCAAGGCCCUGCUGACCCGGCUGCAGGCCAGCGACCCUGACCAAGGCCUGAACCGUACGUUGGUGUACUCCCUGGUGGACUCGGCCGACGGCGUGUUCUCCAUCGAGCCGGUGUCGGGGGUGCUGGUGCUGGAGAGGACGCUGGACCGAGAGACCCAGGACUCCUACCAGCUCCGGGUUCAGGCCACGGACCAGGCCGGGCAGCCGGGGGCGCUGGCCUCACAGGUGGAGCUGACCGUGUUGGUGCUGGACGUCAACGACAACGCCCCGGUCUUCCAGAGGAGGGACUACACCGCCACAGUGCCGGAGGAUGUCGCCGUGGGAACCGAGGUGUUGCGGCUGUUCGCCACCAGCGUGGACAUCGGGCCCAAUGCCGAGAUCACGUACAGCGUCCGCUCGGGGAACGAGCUGCGGAUGUUCACAAUCAACAGCAGGACGGGCAUUAUUUCUGUGGCCGACGACCUGGACUUUGAGGUGUGCAAGGACUACUACCUGAACGUCGAGGCCUUGGACAGUGGGACUCCGCCCCUUAGCUCCGCUACCAUGGUGACCGUGGAGCUGAUGGACGUCAAUGACAACGCCCCCACCUUCAGCGAGGAGAUAUACAACGUGCUGGUCAGCGAGGACGCCUCCAUUGGCCAGACCAUUACCAGGCUGCUGGCUGAGGACCUGGACAGCCAGGUCAACGGCCACAUCACCUACUCCAUACUGAAGGGGGACCGUGGCAACCAGUUCUGGAUUGACCCCGUCACCGGCCUGCUCAAAGUCAAUAAGCGUUUGGACCGAGAGCUGGUAUCUAGGUACUCUCUCUCGGUGCAGGCGUUUGACAGUGGCUCCCCGGCCAUGUCCUCCACUGCCACCGUUAACAUCGACGUAUCUGACGUCAACGACAACCCCCCUGUCUUCUCCCCCCCCAACUCCACCGCCGUCAUCCAGUUGAACCAACCGGCCGGGGCCAGUCUCCUGCAGCUGACGGUGAAGGACCCCGACUCCCCCAGGAACGGCCCCCCGUUCGAGUUCCGCAUCGCCGCCGGCAACGAGGGGAACUACUUCUCCCUGGACCGGUCCGGGACGCUGCGGACCACCCGGGUGCUGGGACCCCAGGCCCGCCGAGAGUUCACCCUGGAGAUCCAGGCCAGUGAUUCCGGCCGACCCCGUCUGGCCUCCUCCUCCUGGGUGUACCUGAGGGUCAUCGGGAACAGCCAAUACAAGCCCUCCGUCUCGCCGCUGGAGGUCUUCAUCGUCAUGGUGACCGACUCCUUCCCGGGCGGCCCCGUCGGCCGCAUCUACGCCACGGACCGCGACGUGAACGACGUCCUCUCGUACACCCACAGGCCCGCGCUCAGGAGCAUGUUCCAGGUCAACCGGCAGGACGGCAGCAUCGUGGCUCUGCCGGGGCUUGAGCCCGGCAGGUACCAGCUGAACGCCACGGUGAGCGACGGCCGCUUCGCCGUCAUCGCCGACGUGUCCGUGCGCGUGGAGCAGCUGACGGAGGUGGUGCUGCGCAGCGCGGUGGCCGUGCGCUUCAGCUCGCUCUCCCCGGAGGACCUCCUGGGCCGCUACCUCGGCCAGGUGCGGCUGAUGCUCCGCUCCCUGGGGGCCUGGGCCUUCCCGCCGGGCCAGGUGGACUUCAUCCACGUGCUGGGCGUGCAGCCGGUGGACGGCGCCGGCGACGUGGACCUGUUCCUGGCCAUGGAGCGGCCCUCGCAGCCGGCGGGGACCGGGGGUGGAGGUGGAGGUGGCGGAGGCGGAGGCGGAGGUGGUGGUGGGGUAGACGGCUUCUUCUCCCCGCAGGAGCUGGCGGAGAAGCUGGCGGAGGCCCGGGCGCGCGGCCAGUUCCGGGGGGUGCUGGCGGGGGCGGAGGUGCUGGACCAGACCUGCUCCGGGGAGCUGGACUGCGGGGACAUGGUGUGCGAGCAGACCCUGGUGAUGGCGCCGCGCGCCACGGUCACCUACAGCACCGAGCGGGUCAGCCUGGUGUCCCCCACGUUCAGACGCAUGGAGGCCUGCACGUGCCCCGGGGGAUUCUGCUCCACUCCUCUUGAGCUCUGUGAAGGUCAAUCCUGUCCAUCAGACAUGCAGUGUGUACGCUCCGGUGUGACAGCGCCCUCUGUCUGCCAGUGUCAGCCCGACAGGCUGGACGAAUGCGCCGGCCAGACCUCGCUGAGCUUCUCUGGGAACAGCUACAUCAAGUACAGGGUGACGGAGACGGCGGCAGGCGGGGAGAUGAGACUGGGCCUGAGGAUCAGAACCCUUCAGGCCAGGGGGGUCAUCAUGUUCUCCCGCACCAACCCCUGCACCAUGCUGAAGAUCGAGGGCGGCCGACUGUGGUUCCAGCUCGAGUGUGACAACACGCUCGGCAUCAUGGGGAUCUCCGGCCGUCCGAUCAACGACGGCCUGUGGCACGCCGUGGCCCUGGAGCUCACCCACAACUACAGCCUGCUGUCGCUGGACGACAGCUACGUGGAGCGCCGCCGCGCCGCCCGGGCCCCCGUCCGCCUCUGGCCCCUGGCCCCCGACUCCUCCUUCUUCUUCGGGGCCCAGGUGAGGCCUCCCCCAGGGCCGGGGGGGGAGCGCGGCGGCGCGGGGUCCGGGGCUAGCCAGAGCGAGGCCCCGGGGGAGCCCAGGGACGCCAGGGGCCCCCCCAAGGCCCAGGACGGCUUCCAGGGGUGCCUGGGCUCGCUGCGGCUGAACGGCAACGAGCUGCCGCUGCAGAACAAGAGGAGCCGCUACGCCGAGGUGGCGGGCCUGAGCGAGGUGAAGCUGGGCUGCGUGCUCUACCCGGACCCCUGCGUCAGCCAGCCCUGCCUCAACGGGGCCCCCUGCAGCAGCCUGCCCUCCGGAGGUUUCGGGUGCAGUUGCAGCGCUGGGUUCACCGGCGGGCGCUGUGAGGUGGAGCUGACUUCCUGUCUGCCCAACCCGUGUCAGAAUGGGGGCGACUGCACGCCGGCGGGGGGCUCCUUCCUCUGCAGUUGUCCCCGGGGUCUCGUGGGACUUGUGUGCGAGGAGGAUGUCAACGAGUGUUUGAGAGAGGAGUGUGCGAACGGAGGGGUGUGUGUGAACACAUACGGGGCCUUCUACUGUAACUGCACCCUGGGCUUCGAGGGACAGCUCUGUGGGGCCCCCAGCGAUGACGAGGGUGACACACAGGCGGAGCCCCUGUCCUACAUCGGCCCCGGGGAGAUGGUCGGCAUCGGGGUGCUGGUCCUCGUGGUCGCCGUCCUGCUCGUUGUCUUCGUGGGCUUCAGGAAGAAGAUCUCCCUGAGGAAGGAGUCGGACGGCGGGGGCGGGGCCGGGGGCCGGCCCGCCAUGGGCGUCUCCACGGUGACCUCGGAGGCGGGCUACAUGCUGCGAGAGAAAGGCGGCGGCACGGCGGGAAUGGAGUUCCAGGCCAUGUGCGCGUCGGCGGGCUCUUCCUCGGGGACCUCCGGUUGCUUCGGCGACGGAGGCGGAGUCGGCGGAGUCAGCGGCGGCGGCGGCGGGGGGGGUCCGCCUCAGGUCAUGGUGCGGCCCAACUGCCACUCGCCCAAGCUGCCGGGAGACCUGUGCGGGGGGCGGGGCGCCCAGAGGACCAGCGGGGACCGGGGCACGUCCAGCGAGGGCAGCCAGUUGAGCAGCUUCCUCUCCGACACGUCUCACCUCCGGGGCGGGGCCAGCAGGAGGGGCGUGGCCGUGUGCAGUGUCGCGCCCAAUCUCCCGCCGGCGUCUCAGCGUCACUCGGAGCAUAGCCCCGCCCACAAGGUGUCCUGGGACUCGGUGGGGGGGCACGGGGGCCAGAGGGGCCAGCCGCUGGACGACCGGGAGCAGGAGUGGGGCCAGAGGGCCUUCCAGCUGGAGAGGACCCAGAGAGGGGACUCCAGCCCACCGGAGGAGGCAGCUGAUUUGCUGGAGGAGGCUCAGUGCUUCUCGGACAGCCUCUCCGAGGCCCGUUCUCUCAGCUCCUUCACCUCAGAGUCCUUCGAUGACAACGCCUCGAUUGUGACGGUCAUACGUCUUCCCAACAAUGCUGUUGGCAGUAUCGAAAGCGACGCGGGUCCCCACACGCGCCGCGAUGAGGGUGUCUGCGCGGAGCGGGUCAAAGACUACAUCGUGGAUUCGUACCACUGGAAGUCCCCCCCGCAGACCUCCAUGUGGCUGUCCCCGUCCCGCCUGAGGCCCCCAGAGCUGGCCUCCCACUGGGACUUCAGCGAGGCCCAGCAGGCCAUCCGGCGGGGGGGCAGCAUGCGCUCCCUCCAGCUGGACUACCGGCUGGCGAGCCCCGGGGCCCCGGACGGCGCCCGGGGCCCCGGGGCCCGGGCAGAGCCCGCCGGGACCACCUUCCAGUGGGACAGGACCCGGUCGGGAGGCUGGGAGAGGAGGCCUUCAGGGGGGCGCGCCAAAGACCCCCAGGAGCCCGUCGGGGGCCCAGGGGCCCCUUGUGACGGCGGCGGCGGCGGCGAGGACAGCUCCUCGCCCGUCUACGAGGAAUACCGGGGGGCCCCGCAGGAGGCGGAGCCGGAGGGCCUCUACGACACGCUGCCCCCGACGCGCCGCGCCUACGAGGGGAUACCGCCACCCCCCGGCCUCCACCUGCACCCGGCCCAGCUCCAGCCCCCGCUGCGGGCCUGGGACGGGGGGCGGACGGAGGAGUGCCUGGGACCAGAGGCCGAGCCGGGGGAGCAGGGCGGGGCGGGGGGGGCCGGGGACGAGCUGGAGAGACUGCUGAACCUGGUGUCUCUCCGCGCCCGGAGAGCCACGCGGACACACAGGUCGUCCACCGGCUCCGAACCCGCCCCGGGGUGGGACGGAUUUUAAUCAGUAACGCACACACACACACACACAGGGACAGACACACCGACACACACACACACAUAGAGACACAGACACACACACACAAACACACAUACAGUACACUAAUGACUAGUCCAUGAGCCCAAGAUCCUAGGUUCCCUUUUUUAUUAACUUUUGGCAAAGUCUUGUCCCUUUCCGAUGCGUUUGACGUUCGCAGAACAACAUCAUUGCAGUAUUUUGUAAACAAUAGAGCAAACGUUCUGGGCACAGCAUUUAAGGAAAACACGUUAAUAUAUUCAGCUGAAACCCGUAUUGAACACUAUGUUGCUCUUCAGGGUUUCGUGUAUAGAAACGAAAAUCCAGAAACAAAUCUACAGUCAGCAUAUCGUAUUGCCAAACCAUUGAUAAGCAGCUUGUUAGGACGUAGGGACGACAUGAGUCCUUUCUCGGUGUUUGAAUAAUUCACUUUUCUUGAGAGACGUUCGCAAUAAAUUGGGAACCGUGUUCAAAGUGAUAACCAAAUCCAUGUUAUGUUAUGUCUUCACCCUCUAUGGGGGCUCCUAACAAUGCGAGGUUCUGCGCCUGAAGCACAAAGAGCUCCCAGCGAGUUGCCGUGUUCCCAGCUGUGCAGCCCACUGCACGGUAUCUGCCUGCUAUAGCUGCUGGUGUAGGAGGCUGAAGAUAUCUCAGGACACUGCACAGCGGUAAAGUGUAUGCUGAUGUAGCUCUAGCUGCUUCUUUAGAGAAGCGUUGUGCGGCCCACGCAAAGCCAAUUUUCUGAGGCAAAAACAAAGAUUAAGAAAAUGAGAUGAGUUGUGCUAAGUGACUACGUAAAUUAGAUUAAAUACCCAACUGUAUCUUGCAGUUUCGGCGCACCCUCUUCCCUGUGUGUUACUGUUCCAUGUGCCAGAGUCCUUUGUCUAGUAGGAAUGCUUGGUGUCUUAAGAGAGAAAUAGGAGAGAGAUGUUUAUAAUGCAGACGGUAUAAUAAUGUGUUUUGCAUAUGCCUGUUGAGUCCAAAUAAACACGCGCUUAAAGAUGACGACGUCAGCCGCUAAAGAUCCUAUUUUUGUCAUAACAUCCUUACAUAAUACAUGGUAUUUAUGCUUUUCUAGGCACUCAAAGACACACAGACACAGAUCAACAAAAGACAAACAAACGGCGGAAACAGGGACAGAGAGGGGGAGAGUGAGAUCACGUCACAUGUUGUGUUUCUGGCAGAUACAAGAAGCACAUGUAUGGGCGAUCCUUUAAAAUGAUCAUGACAACAAAACAACUUGGGAUUGUGACUAUGUCUAUCAAUUAUGUCUUCCUAUCUAUCUACCUACCUGUUUCUCUAUCUAGGUGUUGUCGUCAUUGUUGUUGUUGUUGUUGUUGUUGUUGUGAUUGGCAUGGGCACAGGCAUGAACGGCAGUGAUUUAAAAGAGGAGUAGGGAAGGCUGAGGAGGAGAGAUGAACGCUGGAAGAUAUAAACGCCAGAGAGCGUAAUCCCGUCCAAGCCCUGGCCAUAUGGGGGCAACGGGUUGAUUAUCAUCCGCCCGGUCGACCCCCGUAUGUGGGGCGAUGAUGAGGACCACACUGUUCUGACCACCGCCGGGAUUAGGCUCUCGGACUCGUGGGCACCUAAUCUGAGAGCCACACAUCUGCCACCACCCUGCCUCGUCUCUCAUCUUUAAUUAUGUCUCUCCUCGGUUCUCCUAUCUCACGCUACCAAACACUCUCUCUCCCCCACACACACACACACGCACGCACGCAUACAGCUCUGCUUGCACAUACAGCAGAUUCACUUUGUGUAACAGAUCAAAUCCAAUAUGUAUAUAUGUAUAUAUAGCACAUUCAACUGUAUAACAUCAAGAUCACCUUCAAUACAACCCUCUCAUUAAACCCGACAAGUCACCUUUU